CCCACGAUGCCUCUACUGGAAAAAGCCCCAAAUCAAACAGUGGCAAAGCCUCCCAGCAGUGCAGAGGAACCUUGCCUACCCAAACUGCCAGUACCCCCUCUGCAAAAGACUCUGGCCACUUACCUGCAGUGCAUGAAGCAUCUGGUGCCUGAGGAGCAGUUCAGAAAGAGCCAAGCAAUUGUUCAAGAGUUUGGAGCCCCUGGUGGCCUUGGUGAGGCCCUGCAACAAAAGCUUCUGGAGCGACGGGAGAAGACAGCUAACUGGGUGUCUGAGUACUGGCUGAACGACAUGUAUCUCAAUAACCGCCUGGCCCUGCCUGUCAACUCCAGCCCAGCUUUGAUCUUUGCACAACAGAACUUCCAGGACACCAAUGACCAGUUGAGGUUUGCAGCCAACCUCAUCUCUGGUGUGCUCAGCUACAAGGCUCUGCUGGACAGCCAUUCCAUUCCCGUCGACUGUGCAAAGGGCCAGCUGUCAGGACAACCGCUUUGUAUGAAACAAUAUUAUGGGCUCUUUUCCUCCUACCGUCUACCUGGUCACACUCAGGAUAUACUGGUAGCCCAGAAGAGCAGCAUCAUGCCUGAGCCUGAGCAUGUCAUUGUAGCCUGUCAAAACCAGUUCUUUGUCUUAGACGUUGUCAUUAAUUUCCGCCGUCUCAGUGAGGGGGAUCUGUUCACUCAGUUGAGAAAGAUAGUCAAAAUGGCUUCCAACGAGGACGAGCGCUUGCCUCCAAUCGGCCUGCUGACGUCAGACGGGAGGAGUGAUUGGGCCGAGGCCAGGACUGUCCUCGUGAAAGAUUCCACCAAUCGAGACUCGCUGGACAUGAUUGAACGCUGCAUCUGCUUGGUGUGUCUUGACAUCCCAGGGGGUGUAGAGCUGAGUGACACUAAUAUGGCCCUCCAGCUCCUUCACGGUGGAGGCUGUAGCAAGAAUGGAGCCAAUCGCUGGUACGACAAGUCUUUGCAGUUUGUGGUGGGCAGGGACGGGGUCUGUGGCGUGGUGUGUGAGCACUCCCCUUUUGACGGCAUCAUCCUAGUGCAUUGCACCGAGCACCUGCUCAAGCACAUGAAGGAAAGCAAUCAGAAGCUAGUCCGAGCAGACUCUGUCAGUGAGCUCCCGGCCCCCAGGAGGCUCCGGUGGAAAUGCUCCCCUGAAAUCCAAGGCCACCUCGCCUCCUCUGCAGACAAGCUUCAAUGGAUUGUGAAGAACCUUGACUUCACUGUUUAUAAGUUCAACUUCUAUGGGAAAACGUUUAUUAAGCAGCAGAAGUGCAGCCCUGAUGCCUUCAUUCAGGUUGCCCUCCAGCUGGCCUUCUACAGGUGCCAUGGAAGGCUCAUGCCCACCUAUGAGAGUGCAUCCAUCCGCCGGUUCCAGGAAGGACGAGUGGACAACAUCCGGUCAGCCACUCCUGAAGCCCUGGCUUUUGUGAAGGCCCAGACUGUCCACAAGGCCUCCACCUCGGACACAGAGAAACUACUGCUCUUGAAGGAUGCCAUCCAUGCACAAACGGAGUACACAGUCAUGGCUUUAACAGGUAUGGCCAUCGACAACCAUCUGCUGGCACUGAGGGAACUGGCCCAGGAAGUAUGCACAGAGCUGCCUGAAAUGUUCACAGAGGAAACGUACUUGAUGAGCAAUCAUUUUGUCCUGUCCACCAGCCAGGUACCUACAAACAUGGAGAUGUUUUGCUGUUAUGGCCCCGUGGUUCCCAAUGGGUAUGGUGCCUGCUACAACCCGAAGCCAGAGAGCAUCCUCUUCUGCAUCUCCAGUUUUCACAGCUGCAAAGAGACCUCUUCUAGCAAGUUUGCAAAAGCAGUGGAGGAAAGCCUGCUUGAAAUGCAAGAACUCUGCCUCCUUCCCGCUCCUACUGUGAACAAGCCACUGACAGACAAGGGGAAAAAGGCUGCAAAGCCUGGCUUCUGACUCCGCUAGGCUUCAGUUUCACUUCCCUCACCUUCCAUAGUCUGCAGCUACCAGGCCCUUCCAAACCUCUGCUCACCCCUUCAUCUUAGCUUUCUGCAGUCUUCCAAUUCUCAGACCCAAAUCAGAGACUACACCAAGGCAGUUUUAAGAGAUAGGUGUCUUUCUUAUGCAUGGACAUUGCCAUUCCUUGUGGAGAUGCCCUCUGGCCUUAGGAACUGGAAAGAAAGUCCAGUGAUGGAGGAAGUGGCAAGUAAGCUCAAGUUAUGAAGGCAGGGCUUGUCCUGGCUCCUCUGGUAGCCAAAUGUACCUGCUCCUCAUCCAGCCAGGCAGAGCAUGUGCAGGUGAGGUUUUUGCGCAAGAAAAGAAUGAGUCACCCUAUUAUAGGGGGAGUUGUUUUCACAUUCUCAGCAUGCUGAUCUUCAGGGUGAGUUCUACCAUGAGUUGGAAUCAACUCAGUGGCCAUGGGUUCCAAGUCUGCAUGCACAGUACUACUGGCCACGCUGUGAAAGAAAGCUGUACAAGGCAGGCUUCACAUGAGUCAAAAAGUUGGGCCAUGCUGUUCUGAAAGGGAAGACACAUCGUCUGCUGCUGUUCCAGAAGUAUUGGGAGUUACUGUUCUUCUUCACUCUCUCAAUGAGCUGAGGCACACAGCCAAGGACAGAUGGAGAGGAGUAUACCUAGCCCCAGCAGAAGGCACCUUGUGGGCACAAGGGCCCUGCCACUGCACUCUUUUUGGUUAUUUUCCCAAACCCCUUCCCACAAAACAUGCUUCAUUGGUGGUCUAUUUUUUUUUCCAAUGGAGCAGGGAAAGGUUUGCUUUGGGGUUUCUUUAGGUCGGUGGGGGGAGAUGUAGAAGGCAAUGUUUUGUUUCAAAACAAACCAUUAUGGCAUAAAUUUCAGGAAAAAAACUACCACAGUGACUUUAGCAUCUUAAUGGAUUAAAGGAGGCAGGUUCUUGCCUGGUGAGGGCAGGCUAAACAGCAGUGGCUGGGAGGAGGGGAUGGCCAGGCCAGUGUGAGCACUGACUGGGGGCACCCUGUAGGUCUGAAGCUGAGGGUGGAGUGGACAGUUCAGAGAGAGUCACAUGGGGUUGGUCCUCAGGGACUGUAACUGCAGAGGAUACUUCCUACAGGGACAUAUUUUCAUGGGAAGUCUAAAAGGUCAAGGGAAAGGGAGUAAGGAAGCAACAAGGAAAGUAAAAUUUCUCCAAAGGGCAGCCUGCAACUACCUAGAGAUGGUACAGAGGCAUCACAGCCACUACUGGGAGUUCUAAUAGGCUCUUGCAUGGGAGGCCUGACCUUCUAAUUCUACCAUGCUCUAUGCCAUUCUGAGCAUGACCCCUAGCCCAGGAACCUGCAGGUGCCUCUUUUUUCAGACACUGUGAAAGCGCUCUGCACUUUGAUCUGAAUGAAGCUGGUGGGACUGAGGUGGGGCAAAUAUUUUGAUCUCUGCUUAGCUCUUUGAAAACACAAACAGUUCCAACCAAUAAACUUCUUAAGCCCAGGUUUUUUAUUUCAGGCUCAAAGAGAGUACAGAACUAAGAUUUCUAUUAGACAAUCAGGGAGCUUUUAGUAUUGUCCUUCAAAGGUAUCCACCUUCCCCCUGCCCUGGAGAAGUUGCCACUAAAUGUCUAGGGUGUGUGUGUGUGUGUGUUUGGCGGGGAGGGGGUGUAGAUGGAGCAAACAGUUGGAGGGGGGCAAGGUGGUGUCUGGAAGUCAUUGUCUCACUGCCAUACACUUGUUUAUACUUUUACCAAAUGACCAGAUGGAGGCCUGAGCUGGAUUUCUGGGUAGGCAGAAAGCUCAGGUUCUAGAGGCAGGAAGUCUCACUGGCUUAUGCUAAAAUCAAAUAAACCAAAAAAACUGAAAUAGAGUUGAUAGGACUUACAUGCUCAGAGACUCAUUUCCCCUCAUUGCUAAAUGCAGAAAAGAAUGGUAUUUUCUUUUCAAGGUCCUUAGGAGCAAGUAAUCGUAGAUGAAGGACCUUGUACCAGAGAGCAGGUAGAGGCGCCUACCCUUAGGGGGAUGACUACCCUUUCAGGGACAUUUCAAUUAUUUUGCCAAAUUCCUCUCCAAACAGUAACUCUUUCUGUAUAUUCCAAGAUUAAACCAUGCACUGUGAGGACUUCUGAGAACUUUUAGAAGUGUGGCUGGCAGAAACUUGUCAGGAGGGAACAUUCCCUCUCUCUGAGAAAAAAGGUUGGAAGCUGGUCUUCCUCCUUCAGGAAUAGGCAGUGAGGCUUUAUGCAAAGAUAAUGCUGAGCCGUGGUUAUGGGUAUUUCUGUGGGCUCCCCAAUAAAGGAGACUGUUUCAGGGGUCCUCAAGGAUAUGGAAAAAUGAAACUUACUGAAGGUCAUUUCAGAACUGUGAUGUAUAAUAAGAAUAUACAAGUUGCCAAAAUACAUAAAGUUGAUAUUUCAGUUUUAUUUUCAUAAAUAGAUCUAGAUUUAUGGCAAUAUGUAGAAGUGUAUUUAUAGUUUAUCAAGCUCAAGGUAUCAUUUUGCAUUUUAAAGAAAUGUGUAUAUGA